UAUCGUUUGUUGCAAAGUACCUUUACUAAAAUGUUUGAUGAUAACUGACAGAGAAAUGCUUUCGCAAGUAAAUUAUACCAGUGAAAAGUACACCGUACAGCUUUUAAAGAUAUUCAGAGAGACUGAUUGAACAUCCGAUGGCCUUUACAUGGAGACGUUUUGUUUGACUCGUAAUUAGAUAGAUCAUGUUAUUUAAGCCAAUCGGAUCCUGUUUGGUAUUUUGAUUGUCUCCUUCUCGUUUACCGCCAGCCAAUCACAUUCUCAGCUGCCAAAGCAUGCUAAUUUCGUUGACAAUUCGUUUCAGAAAACCGAAUUUUGUCAAUGACGAGGAACGUAGUCUUGUUCAGCAUAUAGGAGGGGAUUGAACUGCUUUUGUGUAACUGUUGAGUUCAACAUGGUGGGAGCCGCUUACAGUAUGCGUUUCGAACGGUUGCUGCUCCCCGUCGUGAUUUUUGGGGUUUGUUUAUUACCUUGCUUGUGCCAGAAGAAGUGCGAGUCUGUGACGAUACCUCUUUGCAUCGGUUUACCGUACAACACUACAAUAUUUCCAAACAUGUUAAAGCACAGAACGCAAGAGGAAGCAGCUCUUGAGGUUCAUCAGUUUUUCCCGCUAGUAAAAGUCGGCUGUUCGGAGGAUUUGGCCUUCUUCUUAUGUUCGGUUUAUGCCCCCAUUUGCACUCUUCUUGGCAUUCCAGUUCCACCAUGCCGUUCACUAUGUGACAGUGCGCGAGAUGGAUGCGAAGAUCUCAUGAAGAAAUUUGGUUUCACGUGGCCCGAGUCUUUACGUUGCGAGAAGUUUCCAAUACUAGGCGAUGAGCUCUGUGUUGGAAAGAAUACAACUGGUAGAAAUGGUCAAGUCGUGCCUUCGAAGGAACGACCACAAGGAUCUAACUCAACUGAGGCUCCGAUCGACAUCAGUUUGGUGCCUUUCCGCUGUCCGGAGGAGCAAGAAAUUGAUAACGAUCACUACAUGUUCUUUGGCAAGAAGAACUGUGCAUCAAAGUGCGAAAACAUCUAUUUUGACGAGAAGGAGCGAAAAAUUGCCCGUCUCUGGACUGGGAUUUGGGCCAUUCUUUGUUGCAUAUCAACUCUCUUCACAAUUUUAACGUUUAUUAUUGACAUGAGGAGAUUUCGAUACCCUGAAAGACCCAUUAUUUUUCUAUCAGGUUGUUACUUCAUGAUUUCGGUUGCCUAUAUCAUUGGAUUCUCUGCUGGUGACUCUUUAACUUGCACAGAAUCUAAAUAUGGUCAUUCAAUCCUUGUGCAAGGAACUAAACACGAAGGAUGCACGGUAAUUUUUAUGCUGUUAUAUUUCUUCAGUAUGGCAUCUUCAAUCUGGUGGGUUAUACUAACACUCACUUGGUUUCUUGCGGCUGGACUAAAAUGGGGUCAAGAAGCUAUCGAAGCAAACGCACAAUUUUUCCACCUUGCGGCCUGGGCGAUUCCUGCGGUUAAAACAAUUGCGAUUUUAUUGAUGACCAAAGUCGAUGGCGACGAGUUGAGCGGAGUUUGCUUUGUUGGACUUUCAGAUUUAAAUGCUCUGAGGGGAUAUGUGUUGGCUCCCCUGUUCGUUUACUUUGUUGCUGGAGCUACGUUCCUACUAGCCGGAUUUGUGUCGCUGUUUCGAGUGAGAUCAGUGUUAAAAGACGAUUAUAGCAAGAGGGAGAAAAUUGAAAAAUUAAUGAUUCGAAUCGGAGUAUUUUCCAUUCUGUACACUUUGCCUGCGAUUUCAGUAAUUGGUUGUUUGUUCUAUGAGCAAGCAAACCGUGAAAAGUGGGAGCAAUCAUGGCUUGAAGGCUGGAAGCAUCAACAGGCCUGCAUUGAUGAUAUGGAAGACACGGAUUGCCCCAAAUACCCGAUUGUUAAUGACAAGCCGGAUUUCACCGUAUUUAUGGUCAAGUACUUGAUGUUCUUGAUCGUUGGAAUUACAUCAGGAUUUUGGAUAUGGUCGAAUAAGACCAUAAAUGCUUGGAGAAAGUUUUAUCGUUCCGUAGCGCACAAACUGUUCGGGCGUGGAGCGAAUACGCCUGUGUGAUUAUAAUUUGUAACCCUUUUAGCGGAGAACGUUUUAUAUACAUGAAAAACGUAUGACAUAAAUGUACAGUACUUGCUCGCCAGCUCAAUUUACGCCAUCGUGAGAAAGAAAUCCCCUACGGAACUUGCCGAAAGCGCGUGGUUAUAUUUCAUUUCAAAUCGCGUGAUCGCAAAAUAAUCUUGCCAGUGUUUACAACAUAUUUGGAGCACAACACCGGUUGUUGUCGAGCAACACCAAUUGGCUUAUGGAAACGGUCAACGUAUCGCUGCGUCUUGCUCUGCUUGGUUGGAGCAAACGGGCAUGGUUUGCGUUCUGUUGACUUAUGUCAUUAACAAUUUCCAAUUUUACAAGUCGUAACACACUUACCCCCUUACAUUGGAAUUACUUUUUGAGAAAGGCAAAUUAUACCUCCUUUCUUUUAAAUUCGCAUUAUAGAUUAGAAUUGUCACCCUAACUGUUAUGUUUUUCUAUGAACAUGCCUCCAGACAUUUGUUUAAUUUAUUUUCAAAUAGAAAGACAGAAAGGAAAUUGAAAGCGAUCGCACAUUCUUGAAGCUCACAUUUCAUGGGCUUAUCCUCUACAGAUAACAACUAACUGUCUUUGAGAAGUAAAGUUGUUACAACCAGGAGGAAGUUUCUCGAAAAGGAGACAAACAGGUUUUUGCUAUUCCAGAUAACACGAAAGUAAUUUAUUAUGUUUUUUUCACCUUUUUUGAUGCUUUAGUUUGAUUGAUUUGAAUAAGAAUAUGUUGGUUUUGUUUUAUGUCAGCUGGGAACUGCUGGACACUGUCAACACAAUUAUUGCAUUAUUAGGUAAAGCUGCAUUUUAGAGUCUGCCUGAUGUGUUUCCAUCAAGGCCACUUACUCAACUCUGCGAAUCCUGGGAAUUUGUUAGUAUGAUUGAUUUUGAAGGUUCAAGUUUAGUUUUGUUUUUUUUUUUAAGACAAUGGGAUAGAGGACAAAGUAUACUCUAUUGUAUUUUGCAAGAAAUAUGCCAUCAAAGUUUGUAUUGUCAAACAUUUAUUGAGUAGCUUUUAAAUGACAAGUAGUUAACCAGAAAUAUGUGGACAGACUACUAUCAGCCCUUAAAGUUGUUUUAGUUCUUGUACAAACAUUUCUGUAGAUAACCAAUUUUUAUGUGUUAAGCAUAAAUUUUGAAAAGUUUGUUUGUAUUUGAAUUACAUUUACUGAGUUUCCCAUGGGUUGUCUGGUUUUGUAAUCCCUUAACUGUCCAAGAAGGAAAUUUUAUUUUAAAUUAUGUAGGGCCUGUUAUUUACAUGAGGUUUUACUCAAGCAGAGGGGCUUGGGUAUUCUCUACAAGAGGGAUGAUUUAAGAAAAUAAACGUCCUUCCACUAUUA